CUCGACAAGCAACGUUGCAUAGCUCCACGUACUUCCAAUUCGCCCAUACCGACCCUUCAUAAUACCGAUACCUCCAUUUCAUCAACAAACACUAUGUCCGCAACUCUCCUAGACCCCCCGCCGCACCUCUCCCCGCCGACCGCGCUCCGUCUCUCCCAACAAGCUCCUCUCGUUCUCGCGUCCUCCCCCGCCAGCUCGCUACCCUGGCCCAUCUCGCUCCUCACGUCCUCUGAGACACCAGAAACUUGGUCGGUCCACGAGAAUCUGCUCCUCGCAUGCCUACGAACUGGCGACGACAGGUCCGCACGGCAGGUGCUGGACCGCAUGGUCGCGCGAUUCGGGGACGAGAACGGGCGCGUAAUGGCCCUGCGGGGAAUGUAUGAGGAGGCAGUCGCAAAGGACAAGGGUGCAUUGGAAAAGGUGUUGAAAGAGUACGAGACUACCAUCCAAGCGGACCCGACGAAUAUGCCCAUCCGCAAACGCCACAUCGCCCUCCUCCGCUCUCUCGGCCGCCCCACAGAUGCCAUCGCAGCACUGACCUACCUCGUCGACUCAUCCCCGACCGAUGCUGAAGCCUGGGCCGAACUCGCAGACCUCUACGCCUCCCAAAACCUUCUCUCCCAAGCAAUAUACUCUCUCGAGGAAGUACUCCUAAUAACGCCGAACGCAUGGAACAUUCACGCGCGCAUAGGGGAGCUACUGUAUCUCUCUGCUAUCUCAAACGGAGAGGGAGGAGGGUCAUACAAGGGAUUUGCGGAAGCAAUGCGCCGAUUUUGCAGGAGCGUGGAGCUGAACGACGGGUACUUGAGGGGGUUCUAUGGAUUGAAACUUGCCACCAGCCGCCUCCUUAGUCUCCAAGCACCCAAGCGCAAUGACGUAUCCGCCGAAGACCUUCCACUACCCCCGGUAACCACCAUUGAGAAGCUGAACGAGCUCGCGACGUCUAAGCUAGCAGAGAUAGUGCGGCGGGGAUCGGCGAAGGAAGCGGGUUGGGGUGGAUAUGAAGAGGCGGAACUCAUUGCGGCGCGCGAGCUCUUAGAUCGAGAUGGUGCGAAGGUAGUGCGGUGAGUAUGCAAUGAAGGAGUCUGAGGUAAGCUUCACGGUAUUGUACAUGCGGAGUUCUCUUGCAUAUCACUGGGUCUGACUUAAAGGGUCUUGGCCUUUACAUCACGAUAGAUUAAUGCCCAUUAGGCUGGGGUGCCUCAAAUGGCUAAACACUGCCCCAGCCGCGUUGUAGAUCUUGUUCAAUCUGUGGUGGGCGUUGAUUCCGUUAAGCUGAUUUCGUGGUGAAAGAUUAGGUGCUGUUUCACAGGGUCUAUACCUUUACAUCGACAAUCCAACAAUGUUCAAUAGGCGGGGAGUGUCUCGCAAGGCUAAACACUACCCCAGCCGCGUUAUUAGUCUUGCUCAAUCUGGAGUGGGAAGGGAUCUAACAGGCCUGAUCGUGUCGUGAAACGAAUGGUCCAAUUUACAGC